GGGCGGCGCGGCGCUGCCGUGUUGACAGCGGCGGUCGCGCCGGGAGCCGGCCGGGGAGGAGCGGGUCGGCGGCGCCGGGCUCCCGUCGCUCUUCCGCGGCAUGGCGUUCAUGGAGAAGCCGCCGGCCGGCAAGGUGCUGCUGGACGACACGGUGCCGCUGACGGCGCAGAUCGAAGCGAGCCAGAGCCUGCACUCGCACACGGAAUACAUAAUCCGUGUUCAGAGAGGAGUUUCAGCGGAAAACAGUUGGCAGAUUGUGAGGCGAUACAGUGACUUCGACUUGCUUAAUAAUAGCUUGCAGAUCUCAUCUCUAAGUCUACCUCUUCCUCCAAAAAAAUUGAUUGGAAACAUGGAGCGUGAAUUCAUAGCAGAAAGACAGAAAGGACUCCAGGCCUAUCUCGAUGUGAUUACUUCCCAUCACAUACUGUCUAACUGUGAACUGGUAAAAAAGUUCUUGGAUCCAAACAGCUAUUCUGUAAACUACACUGAAAUUGCCUUACAGCAUGUUUCAAUGUUCUUCCGAUCAGAGCCAAAGUGGGAGGUGGUAGAACCAUUAAAAGAUAUAGGUUGGCGAAUACGUAAGAAAUAUUUUUUAAUGAAGAUAAAGAAUCAACCAAAGGAACGGCUAAUGUUAAGCUGGGCUGAUCUUGGCCCUGAUAAAUACUUGUCUGACAAAGACUUACAGUAUGCUGUGAAACUUCUUUCUUCCUGUUCUCAUCCUUAUAUUUACAAAGUCACUUUUGCCACCGCCAGUGAAUCUUCAGCACUGGUUAUUAGACCAUUCAAUGAAAAAGGGACGUUAAAGGACCUUAUUUAUAAGGCCAGACCGAAAGAUCCCUUCCUGAAGAAGUAUUGCAAUCCUAAGAAAAUUCAAGGUCUCGAACUUCAGCAGAUAAAGACAUAUGGAAGACAAAUACUAGAGGUAUUAAAAUUCUUGCAUGAGAAGGGAUUUCCGUAUGGCCAUCUUCACUCUGCCAAUGUAGUGUUGGAUGGGGACACGUGCAAGUUACUGGAUCUAGAAAAUUCCUUGUUGGGACUUCCAUCAUUUUAUCGAUCGUACUUUUCACAGUUUCGAAAAAUUAAUACUUUAGAAGGCAUUGAUGUACAUUGCUUUGGGCACUUACUGUAUGAAAUGACAUAUGGAAGACCCCCAGAUACAAUUCCAGUAGACAGCUUCCCUCCUGCACCAUCAAUGUCUGUUGUGUCUGUGUUGGAAUCCAUUCUGACUUGUGAAGCUAUGAAGAAUGGCAUGCCAACUGUUUCACGGCUCUUACAGAUGCCAUUAUUCAGUGACGUCCUGCUAACAAACUCUGAGAAACCACAGUUUAAGAUUCCUACAAAGCUAAAAGAAGCACUGAAAACGUCCAAGGAAUGCAUAGAAAAAAGAUUAACAGAAGAACAGAAAUCGAUUCACCAGCACAGAAGACUGACAAGAGCUCAGUCUCAUCAUGGCUCUGAAGAAGAAAAAAAGAAAAGGAAGAUCUUAGCAAGAAAGAAGUCAAAACGCUCUGCCUAUGAAAGUGCGGAAGAACACUCAGCAAAAUACAGCAACUCAAAUAACUCAGCAGGCUCUGGGGCGAGUUCCCCAUUAACAUCUCCAUCAUCCCCCACUCCGCCCUCUACAGCAGGAGCAUCGUCGAUACCCCCAGCACCACCACCACCACCCCUGCCACCAGCAGCUCCUCCUCCAAAUACAGAGGUGCCAACACAGCCAAGCUCACAGCCUGCUGUCAGUGCAAGCCGAGGAGCCUUACUCAGCUCCAUUCAAAACUUUCAGAAAGGAACUCUGAAGAAAACACACACGUGUGACUACAGUGCUCCCAGGAUCAGCUGAGGCUACUGGUUACACCAGGAUUGAAUUCCCCCUCCCGCUCCUGUGCUGUCCAGCAACAAGACCCUUCUGAUCAGCAGCUGAUUCACCAGCGCAUAUAGCAGCUAGCCAUGCAGUAGCUUCCUUUUACCUCUAUUUCAGCUUUACACAAGUAGCAGCACUACCCCAUCUGGAUUGCAUUGCCAUGCUAAGUACUCCAUUCUUUAUUUGGUUUCAAGAAUUUUGUUUUCUAGCUGCAGUUUCGGGUACAGCAACUUCUAUAUGGCUGAAUAAAACUGAGAAUAGGAAUGA